AUUAAAAAAGACACACGAAAUGUGCUCAGAUCGGGUAAGAAUCUAAAUACCACCACAUUCAAAUUAGAUUUUACACACUGGGAAGAUCUUCAUUCAAUACAAUUACAUUAAUUUUUUAAAAAGACGUGUCUGCAGUCAGAUUACCUUAAGAAUCAAAGCAAUUCGUGUAUAUUUUAACUAUAUAGGUGGACGGAAAAUGUAACUGCUCUGUGUUUCACAGCGCAGACUCACAAAAAUACAGAAAAACCGCAAAUAAUAAAUUAGCCAUAAUAUGUAAAUGUUCAGGUUGUUUCACUGCCCCCAAGUGGCCAAAAAAAAUCAAUACCAUAAAUGCAGCUUUAAACACAUUAUUUAACCUGUAUGGAUUUACUGCAGUAAAUAUAUCUCACCAUAAGAUGGCACAGUUAUCAAAAAUUGCGCAUUAUUUAACAUAAGGGGGGGUGGGGAGUUGCUGUGUCUGCAUACACACUGUGGUUAUAGCUGUAGGAAAAGCCAGCAGUGGUUUAUAUGGGCUUUAUUCACAGGCCGGCAGUCUGCGUACACAUUUCACAGACAUUAUAAUGCAGCGUGUGCCAGUGAAUUCUGGUUGGGGGGUCCUGUGUUAGUAUCGAUGCUGUCAGCAAGAUUGUGACAAACUAGAUCUUCCUCCUUCUCUCAUUUGACACUUUGGGGUCAGGAGCUCUUGGAAUUCUUGGGUGGAGACACAUUUCCUCAACACUUGCUCCUCCCUUGGCUUCCUAAAACCAAAGGAAAGUCAGCAACUUGGAAUCUGAUUUAAAGUAAGAGCCUUGUAAAUGGGGCCUCCAAAGAGGUUUUUACAAAGCUGAUGACUUUUUAUAAAUUAAUUUUAUAAAUAAUAUUUUUAAAAAUGAGAACGUUGUAAAUGCUAAAAAAGUUCCUUAAAAUGAUCUAAAUCAGGGGUGUCAAACAUAAGGCCUGGGGGCCAGAACUGACCCUGGCAAAGACUCCAAUCUGGCCCACUGGAUGGCUUUGGAUCAACUUUGGAAUUUUUUACUGUAUUUUUACAGCUUUACAGUUUUUAAACACCUCUACUCGGCCAUUCAUACGACACCACAGUAAUUAACAGAUAAUUAAAUGACAGAAACCUUCCCUUUCCUUCACUAUCUACAAAAAAAGAACCUUUUUGUGAAUUAACACAAACAUGUUUUAGAAAUAUACGACAGUCCGAUCAACGAGCUACACAUUUAUUUCUUACAUUUACAAGCGCAGUGCUCAAAGACUUAUUUCCUUCACUACAAGAGCAAUUCUUUAAAAACUAAGUUGAGAAUGCACUUCGGGGAUUAAAUGCAUUAAACUUGCUUACGGUGACAGAAAGGGGGAAUUUCAGUAGUCUGGCCCACUUCGGAUCCACGCUGAUUUGCAUACAUUCACAUCUACACACUGGCCUCUCUUCAACAAGCAUAACUAUUCACAGUUAAAGUAUAAGGGCCUCAUAACCUCAUAAGGAGUCGUUUCCAUGAACAGCCAAACUGCUUUAAUGGUGUGUUAUUGUUAGGAAUUCUGCACAUAUGUGAAUUUUUGUUGUUUUUCUAAAUGUUUUUUUGUAUCUAACUUAUUGUUCUUCCUUCCUGAUUCUCUAUUUUGCUUAGGAAAAUUUCACUUGAACACAACAGUGCAAACUUUGGACAGUCACAAUAAUACUGCUACUAUUCUCACAUAGCAAUAAAUCUGUAAAUCUGUAACCAGGUCGCUCUGUCAGCAUGCGAGAUGGGUAUCAUCAUAAUUCCUUUGAUUUAAUAAUGCCUUUUUCAUGCUUCUCCUUUGUCCACAUUGCUGCUGUAAUGGCCCAGGCGCCCUCAGGAUCAAUAAAGUACAUCUAAUUUUUACUUAAUAGAGAGUGUACUGCUGCUCAAAGAUCACACAAUUACAUCAGAGGGCUAAUCUGAAAUCCAACAUCAAUGAUUCCCCUGAGAGCGCAGGAGCCACAACACAAUGCAAUAGCUGUUUGAUACACGGUAGAGCAAAAAGAGGAUUGUACGAUAAAUGUUUUCCUAAUUUAUAACGUCAGUGGAUUUAGAGUACACCCUGUUUGCUACUCAUCGAACAUUUUACAGUCCAAGGUAAUGAGGAAGAAAAAGGACUUUGCUCGCAGAACCUUUAUACCGUGUGCAGGUCUUGUGAUGCUGCGGAAGUGUUUCUGAUUUUCCCAGAGAGCAGACACUGACCGACAUCUGUAAGUUGCUGCACUCUGCAUCGCCGUUAAAUUGAAAGGCACACGUCCAAAUCCUUCUCUCUCACUCCCUGAGAGCUAUGCAUUAUUGAUGUCAAGGCAUUUCAUACCUGGAAUUUAUCCAAACUGUGUGCACCCGUGACCUGAUCAUGGAAUGGAAGAGCAAUAUUAGGCGUACCCAAUCGCUGAAGAGCCUCAGCUCAUGUGACAAGCCAAUCUGGACGGAUGCGGGGCUGCGGGACAAGACGACGUCAGUGUCCCAGUUAGUGGCCAGAUAUCAAACUUCAGUAAAAGGGAGCAAAUCCAUUCAAGGACCCUCAGUAGAUAAUGAUGACAGAAAGCCAAACCAGGUGCUAAAAGAGAUAACGCCAUCUCGACUGGAAAGUAGAGUGGCUGAUCUGGAGUCUCUGAUGAGGAGAAACAGCGAGAAGGAAAAGUCUCGAGCCAAAACCAAUUUGACCCGCAGCAAAUCAAUGAGCAGCCUUAAAGGCAGCACAGGGUCCAUAGAGGCCUUGAGAGCUCUGUUUGAGUCAAAGGCCUCUCUUAAAAACAAUAGACAGAGCAGCCUUAGAGCUGCAGACUUCACAUCAAAUUACACGGCAGAUGUGUCAAAGAUGAACGGAGAUGUUGAGGAUGUACAGAUCACUGCGGAGGCACAGGAAACGGAAACGUGGCCUGAUAAAACUGAUGUGAAGGAUGAUCGUGUAACUCGAAAGGAAGUAAAUCAGACCCGGAUAGAGAGGAGAAGAACAAUAGGGGGUAUUGAUUUUGAAAAAAUUGCAACAUCUCAAGCUGAUGAAAAGAGGAGGUCAGCUGCAGACUUCAGAGACAGCUCUUUCAUCCAAGCCAAGGAGAAACUUUCUGUCUCGGUGAAAGCAAUAUCAGCUCUCUAUCUGUCCAAAGUGGGAACCAAGGAAUCAGCAAACAGUCCUGUAAAAUUGGAACGAGAAGCGUCACGUGAGUUUGGGAAAAGAGUAAACCAAAUCAAGAUGUCAGAAGACUCAAGUGUCCAAGAAAGGAAAGAGGACUUACCAUUACCUCCUUCAGCCAGACAUCAACCAGAACUAGAAGAAAUCUGUAGGACUAAUUCUCCUCAACCUAUUCCGCCCCAGCUUUCCAAAGAAAUGUUAUACCAACAGAGGCAGAAAUGUGAGCUGAGGCGUCUCCUGAAGCACACCCAUCCAGAGCUGAAGAUGCUGGAUGAUGUUGUGGAUGAAGAGCUUGCUGAAGUUUUGAGCUCAGAGAGGAUGACAGCUGACGAAACUGGAUACGAAGGAGAGGUCCUUUCGAAACGCUUGAUAUUUGAGAACUGUGGCUCGAGUAACAAAGUGUCUCACUACACCCCCAAGAUUCACAUGGCAGGGGGAAGUGAGAAACAAUGUGAUUUUAGUAAAACGCUGGCUGUUUUGGAGGAAACAAAAGAAACGCCUCGUGCAGAAAGUGCUAAAGAGGCUAUGGAAGCUGUAAAAUCUCUUGGUAUUAGUCCAGACACUGACAGAGAGUGUGAGGAUUUGACGGUCAGAAUAGACGUUCAGGCUACCAGAAGAAUAUUUGAGAGUCAGUCUGUGAACAUGUCUGGGCCGAAUCUGGGUAAAACGUUCCAGGGAAAGGUUUCUAUUAAUGGGGAUGAGACAAAGGAAGUCCAAAAACAAAAAAAGCUAUUUGAAAUGGCUUGCAGUGAGAGUAUACAAAGAACAAACAAAAGCACAAGCAAUGAUUUAGAAAUAGAGCCCCGUGAACAGCCAUGUCCUCAUGUCAGUCAAAGAACUGAACAUGACUUCUCAUGUAACGAUGAGUUUUCCACUGAGGAAGCACUCUUUGAAGAGGAGUCUAUAAGCUUAUCCGAUUUGGAAAAAAAUGAUGAAAUUAUUAAAACAAGGGCAGCUCUUUUUCAAAACAACCCCUUUAUCUCCGCCAACAUACAGAGAGAGCCCUCCGUUGUGCAUACAUCAAAAACUCAAAUCAUAAGCGGUAGUGGUGCAAGUGAGGACAACACGACCACCAAUGUUAAAAACAGAACCCAUCUUUUUGAAUCAAUGCCAUUUGACAAAAUCAGACAUCAGAACGAGGAUGAAAUUGAGACAAUGGUGGAGAACAUCAAGGAAACGCUGAAUUUCCUGUACCAGAUUAGAGUCAUCCAAUCGGUUGGCUCUAUCAUUGAGGUCAAUGAGACAAUGAUUGCUAAAAAAGCUAAGUUUACACUAUCAGAGAGUGGGCCUGAGAUAAAACAUGACGAGGUGGCUGAAGGCGGUGCGCAAAACUUCAUACUCCAGUUGCUACCACGGGUAAACCUAAAAGCUCAGGUCACUUACCUAAAGGAGGACAGCAAAGGGGGUAUCGAGACCAUGGCGGUGACGGCGCCUGUUCAACAGCAUCAGUUCAAUGCGAACAAGGACACGGAGUUCAGAACUGCCAGUGUGGUUCAGCUUGUUGAGGAUAUUCUCAAUCAAGAUAACUCUUUGAGAAAAGGAGUGGUAAUCCAAGAGGAUGACAACAACUGUGCCAAAGUCAUUGUUUACUCCCUCUACAAAUACCAUAAUGAGAAGGAUGUGAAGAGCUUCGUCCCUCCAAAAUGUGCUGAAUGUGAUCAAUCAGAGCUGGAAAGGGGUGACAUGAGUAAAACAGGCCAUAAAGAAAUAACAAAAGUUGCUACUAAGUCAGUCAAAGGUGAUCUACUUGAACUCUCUCAAGAACAAACAUGCCCAGGAUCAAUAACACCUGAAGGGAAAGUAAAGGGGAGUGUAAAACUAUUCAAAAGCUGCAUUGAAAAGGGAGAUUUUGAGUAUUUAAAAAGUCUUCAGGCUGAGGAAGCAGUUCAAGAACUCCCUGAAAGCCAAACUAUGGCUGGACAGGAAGUUCUUCAUGAAAAGGAAAGUGAUCAAGUGGAGGAAACUACUGAGUGGGUACCCGUGGAUGUAAAGAGACUUAAAAGCCUGUUCUCUGGAGACCCGAGUCAACACCAACCAAAGAAAAAGAUCCACAAAAAUAUAUACGCAGGUCAAAAUGUUUCUACAGAAUGCAGUUCUGGGGUAUUAUCUCAUGUGCAGGAAAAUAAUGCAAGCAGUGAAUGUACUGAUGAAGCACAAGAGCAAGCACGUUAUCCCAAAGUUGCGACGCAGGAGUCCUAUGAAAAUUUUGAGAGACAAGAUCACGAGCUUGGUGCCCACGAAGCUCAAUUAGUCGAGGUGGUAGAUGGGAACGAAGAGAUCUGUAACCUCAAUACUGCAAUCCAAAGUCUCCAACAGGCCACAAGUGAGGCCAAGUCACUGUAUCAGUCAUCACAAGAAAAACAAAAAGCUAUUACUCAGGAAUCAUCUGAGGAACUCUUUCCCUCGGUUACAGCAGAUACUGUGAAACGCUCAAGAGUAGAAGAAGAAUUUUCUCAAGAAAACUUCACCUCAGCACGUAAAACAGAUUACCAGCACAAAAAUAUUAAGACAAGCCACAAAGAUGCUACUCCUGAGGAAACACACGCUCCUGAAUCGUGCAGCAACAAAGGUCAGGAAGGUGCAGGGGGGGCGCAGAAACAACCUUUAGAAACUCCUAUGGUCACUACACAAAGUUUGGAAACAAGUCCUGCACAACAGGAGGAUGAGGAAGUUGUUUUUCACGGUAAAAUUAAAGCAGCUUUGGAAUCCUUAGAAAGAUCUAACGUUAAUGUCACAAGAGGAGAUUUUAAAGCAGCUAUGAUAUACAGAAACUCUUCAAAGCCUCACAGAGAAAAAGCACAACACGUGGAUGUGGUGUCUAUUCAAAGGACCAGUACUGAGGAGCUUUUCACUGUGACUGAAACUGAAGCAAGUCAAAUAUCAGUGAAACAAGAGGCAACUGGAGCAAAUCCAGAGCCUCCACACCAAAACAAAACCCAGAGUAACCCAGCAACGAGACGUGUUUUAGAGAAAAGCAAAAAGCCUACUGGUCCAAAACCAGCCAUUCCACCUAAACCAGAACAUCUGAAGGAGAAACAAAGCAAUAACGAGUCAACCCAAAAUAAUACUGGGCAAUCUAAAGAAAUGGUUCCAACACUGAUUUUAUCUGAGAAUAAUUCUGAGCAAGACCUGACUAAAUUUAAAAGUGGCACAUGCAUAACAUCUGAUUCAGUUCAAGGUCAUCAAACAAAUCAGCCUUUGGGUGAGGCUAUGUGGAUAUCUCAGGAAACUAAAGUCAGACAUGGAAUCCAAGGUGAUAAGAAAGAAACUGAUAACAUAGAUAAGAAUAUUAUUGUUGGACAACAGCAGAUGAAUGUCAAGGCGGAGGAGAAAAGAACCCAGGAUUUAGCAGCCAAAAGUGAUACGAGUGAAACAGAUGAAAGUCACAUAGAUUUCCAUGAAGCAUUUGAGAAAUUUGGAGGUAAAAAGACAAAGACUGCCCCUGUAAAGCCCAAAAGACUGAAAUUCCCCCAACCAGACAACAAAAACCUAAAACCAGUGGCUGGAAAUAAAGAAAUGUCUGUUCUUGCACAUGUGGAUCCAGAUGUGGUAGAAAUUACAAGCAAUCAAUCAUGUGACACCUGUGGAGAAACCGCUGACAGCCAAGACAAGCAUGAGAAAGAGAUCAAGAAGCAAGAAAGCAAAGUCGAGAUGAGGGAAAAGAAAGGGCGAACUGAGACUGAGGACGAGUGCCGACAGCGACUGUCAGUUCACAUGGAUGAGAUCGUGAGAGGGAACAUACCAGCAGCAAUGGAAAUAUUUGACAACUUACGAAAACAGCAGGAACUGCAGAGCUUUCUGAGCCGAGUUGAAGAAAUUGAAAAAGACACAAGUGAGGUUGAUGUAAGGUCUCUGAGGAGAGUAUUUGAGAACGUCCCCGAUUGGGUUGUCGGCUCUGACAAAAAGAAACAAAACAAGGUCAGAGCUGACAACAAAGACGAAAGGUUGCCAGUAUCAAGAGAAAACGCUGAAAGCAAGUCAUCGAUGGCACACGUUUUUGGAGAUCUUGAGCGAGCGAGUGUGGAAAUCACGACUCUUAAAGAGCAGACUUUAGCCAGAAUCCUCGAUGUAGAGGAAGCCAUAAAGAAGGCACUUUAUUCCGUCUCUACACUGAAAUCUGACUCAGAUAUUGCUGGUUUAUCACGUCUGUUCAAAGAAUCUUUUGGGGGUGUACAAGGAUCCCCAUCCUCUGGCGGUGUUAAUAAAAUUAGCAUUGGGUCAAGCAGAACAAAGUCACUGAAAAGUGCUACCAUGCAGGGAAACACAACUAAUUCAGCUGGGCAAGAUAUGAGCACUGAUGAAGCCUCCAUCAGUGCUCCAUCUUCACCUGCGUUUAUCACUAUCCAAUCAGCAGCUAGAAAGACAGAUAAAACUGACCUGGCACCACCAGAAGCUUUGAUCUGCCCGACAUGCCAGCAGAGCCAAAAGCUGGAGGAGACUUUUCGGACGACAAAGACACUGAUCUGCAACAACCCUGCUCAAAACAGAAAUGACCCAGGAAAAGCAGAACAAUCCACCUCCACCCCACUCAGUCCUCGACAGCUCAGCGUGCUCGAGGUUCAGACAGACUGUGAUGGGAACAGUAUCACAGGAACAAAAACAGUCACCGACAAACAUGAGAAGACCAAACGAUCUGGGACAAAGUUUUACUCUUCCAAGACUUCCACUGUGGUCAACUCUCAGCCAGAAACAGUGACAUCAUCCACAAGGCAGGUCGUAGUCAGUCCAUCUACAAUUCAGGUCACCACAGACCCAGAAGUGAAGCUGCCAGUCAAUCAGACUGAUAACUUGGUGCCCAAAUAGGAGCACGUUGGCAGCGUUUUACCCGUUCGUUAUGUGAAAGCUGUCACAUAUAUGACUGUGUAUGAAAAGAGAUCAAUUACAAGGCUUAAAGUUUUGGGUUUUUUGUUUCUUCAUAAGUUUUUUUUUAAUUUCCUUAUUUAAGCCUUUGUGUCUAUUUUGAUCUUAAAUAUUGUCUUUGAUUUGCAUUUCAAAGUAAAAAUAUAUAUUUGAUUUCCACUUCUCAUUUCACUGUGGUUUACUAUAAAUGCUUUUGGUUUUAAAAAAAACUUUUCCACUAAGGUCAGUCUUGCUGUUUUUUU